AAGCUACCACCACUUUCUAGCAGCUUCUGGCAGAGUUACGCCAACUCGUGACUCCCACACAGCGACUACGUGUUGCGUCACUGCGCUUGCGUGACGCAUGUUUGAUAUUUCUGACAGGAGGCUGGGAGACAGCAGUAAACAGCAUUGCGGGCGGUGGACAAAUAUCCAUGGGAUGAAAGUAGAAAAUGUCAAUGGAAAUGAGGCCAUCUCGGUUUGAUCUAUCCUGCUAGCUGAAAAUAGAAUAUCUGUCAUCUGAAAAGAGCUAUCGUAUUGGACGGACCUCACCAACUAGCCAAUCUGGAGCAGGACUGAAACUUGGAGCCCUUCAAUCAUGUUAUGCUGGGGAAAUGCAUCUUUUGGGCAGCUAGGAUUAGGGGGGAUUGAUGAAGAGGUUGUUCUAGAACCCAGAAGAUGUGACUUUUUCAUCAAUAAAAAUGUCCGUGAUGUCGGAUGUGGAAGCAGACACACCGUUUUUGUCCUGGAUGAUGGGACAGUUUACACCUGCGGAUGUAAUGAUCUUGGACAACUGGGACAUGACAAAAGCAGAAAAAAGCCAGACCAGGUUGGAGCCCUGGAUGCUCAGACCAUUGUGGCAGUUUCAUGCGGAGAAGCUCACACCUUGGCAUUAAAUGACAAAGGUCAAGUGUUUUCUUGGGGUCAUGCUGCACAUGGACAGAUAGGUCUCUCUGUUGCAGAAGAUUAUAUUAGAGUACCAAGAAAUAUAAAGAGUUUGUAUGAUAUACAAAUUGUACAAGUUGCCUGUGGUCAUCAUCAUUCACUCGCACUAUCUAAAGAAAGUGAUAUUUACUCAUGGGGACAGAACCAGUAUGGUCAGCUUGGCUUGGGCUCGGAAAUAAAGAAAGAGAGUGCACCCAGACAUAUCAAAUCUCUGGCAGGGAUUCCCUUUGCUCACAUUGCUGCUGGAGGUGGACACAGUUUUGUGUUAACAAUGUCAGGGGCCAUUUUUGGUUGGGGAAGAAACAAAUUUGGUCAGCUUGGUCUUAAUGAUGAAACUGAUCGAAGUGCCCCAGCUCUUCUGAAGUCGCUUCGCUCACAGAAAAUAAUUCAUAUCUGCUGUGGAGAAGAUCAUACAGCUGCUUUAACCAAAGAGGGUGGUGUAUUUACAUUUGGAGCUGGGGGCUAUGGACAGCUUGGCCACAACUCUACCAACCAUGAAGUCAACCCAAGGAAAGUGUUUGAGCUUAUGGGAAGCAUUGUGACGCAAAUUGCAUGUGGGAGGCAGCACACAUUAGCUUUUGUUCCUUCAUCUGGACGCAUAUAUUCAUUUGGGCUUGGUGGCAAUGGGCAAUUAGGAACAGGGUCUACAAGUAACAGAAAAAGUCCUUUCACAGUGAAAGGGAACUGGCUGACUCAUGAAGACUAUGUUCAGCGCCUUCCCGAGGCUAACGGAUGUUACUGUGUGAAGAGAAUUUACAGCGGUGGAGAUCAGAGUUUUGCACAUUAUUUUACUAUACAGCAUUGCCUUCCUCCAGAUGACUUUACAAAGUGUAAUUGUUCUAAAAAAAUAUGGACUUUAGAUGAGAAACUUAUACAACGAUGGCUGAAUUGUUCCCCAGGAAGACUUCCACCAGAAAUAGUGAAUGAAAUAGACAAAGUGUUUUCAUCAGCUGCAUGCUUAAAUGGAAGCUUUCUAGCAACAAGCAACAACGAUCACUACAGGACAAGUUCCAAGUUUUCAGGGGUAGACAUGAAUGUUGCUAGACUUCUACUUCACAAGUUGAUGGACUCACCACAAAUAGUCCAACAGGUGGCUGCCAGCUUGGAGAGGAAUCUCAUUCCCAGACUUACAAGUUCUCCACCAGACAUUGAGUGCUUGCGUUUGUAUCUCACCCUCCCAGAGUGUCCCCCCAUGACUGAAACCAACAACUUCCCUUCCUUAGCCAUUCCUUUUGCUACAGCUAUUGUAAACUUAGAAAAAGUACCAUUAAAAGUUUUAGAAAAUUGGUGGGCCCUGCUUGAGCCCCCGCUAUACAUGAGAAUAGUACAACUUUAUAAGGAUGUCGUGGUGCACUUAUUGAAACUCUCCAAAAAUGGAAUUCCUCUUGCAGAACAAAGACUAUUCUACAUAUUUAUUAAUACUGCUCUCAGGGUUUUGGAGAUCCUGCACAGGGUUAAUGAAAAAGCUGCACAGAUCAUACCUUAUGAUAAAUUCUACAUUCAUGAAGUGCAAGAUUUUGUAGAUAUCCAAAAUGACUACAUCAACUGGAUCCAGCAACAAGCAUCUGGAAUGGAUGUGAAUCAUGGAUUAUAUGAGAUGGCUGAUCCGCUGGUUACAAUUUGCACAUACCCCUUUGUUUUUGAUGCUCAGGCAAAGACAACACUUCUGCAGACAGAUGCAGCCAUUCAGAUGCGGGUGGCAGUUGACAAUGCUCACAGGCAGAACAUUUCGUCCUGGUUUCUUCCUGUAGUUGAAUCAGUAGAUCCAUGUCUGAUGUUAAUCGUUCGCAGAGACAAUAUCGUUGGUGAUGCCAUGGAAGUUCUAAGGAAGACAAAAAACAUAGACUACAAAAAGCCAAUGAGGGUAAUCUUUGUUGGAGAAGAAGCUGUUGAUGCAGGGGGCGUUCGCAAGGAGUUUUUCUUACUCAUCAUGAGGGAAUUACUGGACCCCAAGUAUGGAAUGUUUAGAUAUUAUGAAGAAUCCAGAUUAAUCUGGUUUUCUGAUCAGACCUUUGAAGACAGCGAUUUAUUCCACCUUAUUGGUGUAGUCUGUGGUUUAGCAAUAUACAAUUUCACAAUUAUUGAGCUCCACUUCCCUUUGGCUUUAUAUAAGAAGCUUCUGAAAAAGAAACCAACCUUGGAAGACUUUAAGGAGCUGAUGCCUGUUGUCGGACGGAGCAUGCAGCAAUUGUUGGACUAUACUGAAGAUGACAUUGAGGAGACAUUCUGCCUCUAUUUUACGAUCACUGUAGAUAACUUCGGAACCACAGAAGUCAAAGAGCUAAUACCAAAUGGAGCAGAGACACCAGUGAAUAAGAAAAACAGGCAGGACUAUGUAGAUGCCUAUGUAGACUACAUCUUUAACAAGUCAGUGGCCUCCUUAUUCAGCGCGUUUAGCGCAGGGUUUCACAAAGUGUGCGGCGGGAAGGUCCUUGAGCUCUUCCAACCCAAUGAACUGCAGGCCAUGGUGAUUGGGAAUACGAUCUAUGACUGGAAGGAGCUCGAAAAAAGCACUGAAUACAAAGGAGAGUAUUGGGCCGAACACCCUACAAUCAAGAUGUUCUGGGAAGUUUUUCAUAAAUUGGCCUUGGAAAAGAAAAAGCAAUUCUUGCUUUUCCUUACUGGCAGUGACCGGAUCCCUAUUCUCGGUAUGAAAAGUUUAAAGCUUGUGAUCCAGCCAACAGGAGGAGGAGAACAGUUCCUACCAGUAGCUCAUACGUGCUUCAACCUCUUGGAUCUUCCCAAAUACAGCAAUAAAGAAACACUGCAAUCCAAACUGAUUCAAGCUAUAGAUCACUAUGAAGGCUUUAGCCUUGUCUAAAGAACUGCUGUGUGUAUCCUUUCAGCAAUGGGAAUUGGCGUUCCUGCACAAGACCACCGUAAGGUUUAGUUUUUUUUAUGAAUACUCACAUGGAUAAGCAUUGUACAGGCUUUGUCAUACACAGCAUGGGACUUGUUGUGUGUUUGGAGUCUUACCAUCUUUAAAUAAAUUAAGAAUAUUGUUGAUGCGUAGAAGCUUAUUUCUUCUCAGUUAAUGUAUUCGUGAUCACUGGGCACCAUGUAUUAUUUUGCAGUUGACACAACAUGUUAUCUCCACCUGGCAGAUUUAAAUAAAGGUGCAUUUUUACAUUAUUA